ACUCUCUUCAUUCCAACCACAUCAUAACAUUCAACAUACAAUGGCUGUGGUGUUCUGGACAUUGGCUUUAGCAUGUCUCUGCUUCCACCUACCUUCCAAUGCCCAAGCACCUGCAACAUCUCCCUCUUCUACCACACCACCGGUGGCAACACAACCACCAACAGUGGUGGCAUCCCCUCCCACCACAACCACCACACCACCACCAACAUCCCCACCACCUACAACUGUACCUCCUGUGACACCACCACCUGCUCCCAAGGUUGCACCAGCUUCACCACCCCAAACUCCACCACAACCACCAAAACCAUCUCCUGUCUCACCUCCCACAUCACCACCCCCACUACCGCCACCACCAGUUGCUACACCACCACCAUUGCCACCACCAAAGGUAGCCCCAACACCAGCCAUAACACCCCCAGCUCCUGCACCAGUGAAGGCAACACCAGCACCUGCACCUGCAAAGCCAGCACCAACUCCAUCUCCUGUUCCUCCACCACCAACACUGGCCCCAACACCAGUAGUAGAGGCACCAGCACCGGCACCAUCAUCACAUAAACAUAGAAGGCACAGGCACAAGCACCGGAGACAUCAAGCACCAGCUCCAGCACCAACCAUUAUCCGCAAAAGUCCCCCUGCACCACCCGAUUCCACAGCUGAAUCAGACACAACACCAGCACCAUCACCAAGUCUGAAUUUGAAUGCUUCUCCACCAAAUCAGCAGCUAGGGAGAAAUAUGUGGGCAACAGCUGGAGUUGCAGUUGCUGUUUUUCUGGCUGUCACCGGCUACAGCUGCUAGCAGUCUCAUGGUGACCAAGGAUUCACUUUAAUGAGUUAUUUGGUUUGCAAAAUAUUAAAUUUUUAAUGUGCAUAGAUCUAAAUAAUGAGAAUCUAUACCUAUCUAUGAUUCUUAUCUUUUUUUUGUUGUGAUCUUUGCUCAGAAGUAUUAAUGGAUAUGAAUUUUUGAAUUAUUGAAAUAAUCAGGAAA